ACAGAAUAAAAACAGUUGGGAUUCUUUGGUGUAUGUAAAUAAGUAUAAACAACUCGAAAUUCUAAUUCGGAAGUAGGCUAUCUUAAAAAGUUGUCAAGCGCCAUAUCCAAUAGCAAAUUAAAUGGCGUCAAAGUUUAAACUGUUUUUUUUUUAUGAUAAUCAUAAUUUAAAACUAUAAUGAGCGUUAUUAGAUCCCGUACGCAGUAAGAGAGGUCGUGUCGAUAACCGUUACGAUGUGCCCGAUUCACGCAGACUGGUUCACGGGUGCACAGUAAAAGCGUCGGCGGCGGGCGCGGCGCCCAGUCUCCAUACUGAGAGGCCCGCGCGCGCACGCACCAUGUUCCUCAUCUACUUAGCGCUCUGCGCCGUCGCUGCCGCUGCUCCCGCUACGUACGAUCAACGACAAGACGGCGACUUCAACGUCCGCGCCGACGUACAAAAUGUCGUCCUACUCGUCGCGCUCCCCCAGAAAAUGGGCAUACCAUCCAACAUCCUCGACGGAUUCCUAAAAAGCGCCACACCAGAAACAGACAUUCAGGAUAGAGCCGACGUGCUAAUGGACGCGUUCGUGGAGCCGAGCACGCCGUAUAAAGUGGAAAUCGGCUCGAGCGGUCGCUUCGCGGAUGCGGAUGGACGAGCGGUUGAGGUUGUCAUCGCCGGACGACGCCGGCAAGGACCCGAGCCGGUAGCGGAAACUGAGGAACUGAAGCUUUUGGGUGCAACGGAACAGUGCGGGCCUGAUGGUGAACGGGACCCAGUCACGUUGACCUGCCGCGGCCGAUCAGUCCCCGAGACCCAACAGGAAACCGAAGCCGAUGUCACCGAAGCCGACCACACUCAACCUGAAGUAGUACCCGUCACCGUAUAAAUACUGAUCUCCAUAUUUGUGUCUAGUUAAUUUAUUCGCAUGUCUAGUAUGCCAUUUUAAUUUAUUAUAAUGUAAAUUAUUAAUUAAAUAAGUUUAAGACUUCAUUUACCGUUUUAACUCAUUCUAAAGUCCUGUUCUGAAAACAACUACCACUGACGGACAACAUUUUUAAUAAGAAUUUGCUAUUUCCGAAGCAAUUUCGUUAACACGAUUUUGCAUCUUUAAUUUAUAUAGCUGUGGUAUAAAAAUAGUUUAGUACCCACACUCGAUUUACCACCCAGACUAAUUAAAAUCUAGUGAAUACAAUAAAGACCUAAAAAAUUGUGUCUAUGUAGACCAUUUUAAGCACCCUUAAAAAAAUUAUGAAUCAAUCAAUCUAUAUUUUAUUUUACACCAAGAAGACAGACAUCUCGAAUCUUGACAAUAUACUUAAUGUAGUAUGUGAUGUAGUGCCAAAUGACUAGCGCUAACUAUUUUGACGGAAGCUUAUCUGCUGACGUAAUAUAUAAUCGUGCGAUUGCUUAAAUAUCAUAUCAUUUCCAGGCAUUAAGCAUGUAACCAUAUAGAUGCUUACCCGAGUAAUUAAAACUAUUCUUUAAUUUUCAAUUGCUUAAAUUCUACUAAUAACUAGGUACUAGGUACACCUGGCAAACCCACAACCAUUAAUGUGUACACAUACAAUAAAACUAUCAUAUUCGCGAAAUUCAAAAAACCCAAUCGACCUUUAUCAAUGAAAUUCCACCCAUUGUUACUUUAGUCUCAUGCAAAAUACAAAUGUUCCCACACAACAGGUACAUGGCCGGCCACACUUACACUUUUGUGAGAAAAAUAUAAACAGAAUAGAUCACUAAACUCACAAUCGCUUACUUCAAAACUUAGAUCUCCAACAUUACAAGUAUUACUACUUGCUAAAGUAGCCUCAUGUAUUGUUAAUUUAUUUUGAAAAAUAAUGAUUAUCAUCUACUAUAGCUUUCCGCCAGCGGCUUCGCCCACGUGGUCUUGUAUUAUACAUAAAAACCAUCCUUUUGAAUCACCCUAUCUUAUGAAAAAACUGCAUCAAACUCCGUUGCGUAGUUUUUUAAGAUUGAGGCAUACUUUCCAUAGGGAUAUAUGGACAGAGAAAGUAAGAAAGUAAGUAUUUUUAUUGACAAUCACAUUACACAUUACAAUUAUAAACAAAAAAUAAAAAGUGAUACAGAAUAUAGAAGACGGUAACAUACAUAUUUCAACCUAUCAUAUAUAUGUGAUGGGGUCAAUCAGGACA